AUGGCCUCGAAAUCAGCUGGUGUACGCUUGCAAGAUGUUGAAUUGAGAACUCUACUGGUCUCCAUUGUGGUUGUCGCUGUCGCUUCUGUGUAUACCGUCAUUAAAUUGCUGUCUCACACGCCUAGACCACCUUUUCCAGAGGAGCUGCAGUAUCAAACAGCUGACAAGCAGGGUUUGGUAUUGAAGAAAUUACUUCCUAAAGUUACUGACGAGCCGGUUGAGGAAAAUGAUAAUGUUCUGCUAUCAGUUGUUGUUCCUAGUUAUAAUGAGACGAGUAGAAUAUUGGUAAUGUUGACUGAAGCCAUUAAAUACUUGAAGAAGUCGAUGCCAGGCAGAUGGGAAAUAAUUAUUGUGGAUGACGGUUCUUCAGAUGGAACGGCAGACUACUGCUUAGAAUUGUCUCACCGAAACUUCAAGCUAGAUGCGGACCAAUUGAGAGUAAUUAAACUAAAGAAGAAUAGAGGCAAGGGCGGCGCUGUUAGACAGGGUUUAUUGCAUAUUCGCGGUUCGUAUGGUCUUUUCGCUGACGCGGAUGGUGCUAGUAAUUUUAGCGAUGUCGAAAACCUACUGGAGGCUUUACAACGACUGGAACAGACAUCAACAUCAUCAAACAAGGCUGCGGUCGCGAUUGGAUCGCGAGCUCAUAUGGUGAAUACCGAUGCUGUCGUUAAGAGAUCAUUUAUUAGGAAUCUGCUAAUGUAUGGGUUGCAUACUCUGGUAUUUGUGUUUGGGAUAAGGUCAAUUAAAGAUACACAGUGUGGUUUUAAGUUAUUCAACAAACAGGCGAUCGUCGAAAUCUUCCCCUACCUACACACCGAGGGCUGGAUUUUUGAUGUGGAGAUUCUAAUGCUCGCUAUCCGGAAAUCAAUACCGAUCGCGGAAGUAUCGAUCUCGUGGCAUGAGGUUGGCGGUUCCAAGAUGGAUCUCGCCAGAGAUAGCAUCAAUAUGGCAAAGGACCUGGUGGUUAUAAGAAUGGCAUAUGUUCUUGGCAUCUACAGGGAUAGACUAGAGAGUGCCUCGUGGCACUAA